GCGAGGGCUGCAAACAAGGUGAACAUCACUGGUAACUGCAGAGCGAACGUAGAGCGAGCUAGGACAGUAAAAUUAAUACAAGAGUAGGUAUAUGCGCGAUGCGGAUACGAGUGAUAGCUGAUAAGAGUUCGAAAGAGAAGUUUGACACGUAGUUUGAGGGAAAAAUUAAGCUCCGCGAUGAUAAGACGAGUGCAAAUUGAAUGAAAAGGAAGGCUCGGGUAUCGAGGCUCAAUUUCCGUGUAUGCACCGUGGUAAAAGUACUGAAAUUUUACGACGAUAUAUAAAUAACUUAUCGAAGGUGUAGAGGCUAGGUUGAUCGUGUACCGAACUAGGUAAACUGUGAAGUGAGAUCAUCGCCGAGCAUUAUGACUGAUCAGUGUCCGUUUAAAGUGUUGGACGUAUUCUCAAUGGUAAUUCGUUACUCGGCUGAAUCUGACUUGGAUUUUUACAUGAGUCCACGUCCAGCGGUGCUCCAGGUUUUGGUUAUAAAUAGUCAUCGUCGGUGGGCGGGGAGUGAGUGAAGAAAUUUGAAAAACAUUUGGAGAAUAAAGAAGAACAGAAGAAGAGAAACAAGUGGUGGAAUAAUAAAUAAUAUAGGCGAAUAGAGAAAAAAGAAUCCGAGGUGGUGUACACAAUCCGAGCGUGCGCGGUGGGCGGUUCGUGGCGCGAUUUCACUCCUAUCCGAACUGUCAAACGAAGUACUGAAAAGCAGCGACCAUGAAGAAACAGUUUUUCAGGGUGAAACAGCUCGCCGAUCAAACAUUCUCGAGAGCUGGAAAGACAGAAGUAUUGACCGAUGAUCUACAAAAGGCAGACAAACAUGUGGAUCAGAUCAGAGCAGCGCUUACAGGGCUUAGUAAACGGCUUGGAAAUGCUCCGAGUCAAACGCUUGCCCAGGAUCCGGCUCAGAAAGAAAAGCGAUUGAAAAAAUGCCCGGAAUACGUUCUUGGGCAAAUGAUGAUAGAAAACGGAUCGGAUGAUACGCUUCUCGGAACUACGUUAUUGGAAUGCGGUAAGGCGCAGAUUGCACUAGCUCACGAAGCUGUGGAUCACGAGUCAAAAGUAGAUCAAUACGUAGCAACUCCUUUGCAACAGAUUUUGGAAACAGAUGUACCAAAUAUAUUGAAACAUAAACGAAAUUUAGCUAGACUAACUUUAGAUAUGGACAGUGCAAGAACUCGUCAUCAACAAGCGACCAAACACAGCGUAGGAAGCACUGGAGCAACAAAAGCUGACAGCUUAAGAGAAGAAUUGGAAGAAGCUGAAGGGAAGGUGGAACAAUGUCGCGAUCAAUUAGCCGCUGAAAUGUUUCAGUUAAUGUCACGGGAAACAGACCUAGCCCAAACCAUUAUUCAGUAUGUCAAAUUACAGAGAGCGUAUCACGAGAGUGCCUUACAUUGCCUGGAAGAUAUGAUUCCUCAAGUGGAGACCUUCAUAAAUGACAAUGAAACAAAGCCGGUAUACGGUUACCCACUAGAGGAGCAUUUGCGUGUGACGAAUAGAAAAAUAGCCCUACCUAUUCAAUUGUGCGUGUCUGCACUUUUGAGGCUCGGUAUGGAGGAAGAAGGGCUGUUUCGGAUAGCUGGCGGUGCUUCUAAACUAAGAAGAAUAAAGCUGAGCUUUGACGCGCGUUGUCUGACUCUGCCAACGGUCCUGGAAUAUAGGGAUCCUCAUGUGGUUGCUGGGGCACUGAAAUCGUACCUACGAGAACUACCCGAACCUUUGCUCACCUAUAAAUUAUAUCCUGAAUGGAUGGCAGCUGCCAAAGUUACCCAAAACGAAGCAAGACUACGUGCUCUCUGGGAGGUCCUGUACAAGCUACCUCCAGCAAAUUUUGAAAAUUUGAGGUUCCUAAUGAAGUUCUUAUCUGUGCUUACUAAAAAUCAGGAUAUCAACAAAAUGACACCACAGAAUAUAGCCAUUGUUAUUGCUCCGAAUUUAAUUUGGAGCCCACAAGAAGAUGGUAAUACUAUGGUAAUGAAUAUGAGCACAGCAAACAACUCUAGUCUAAUAGUGGAUCAAUUGGUAACAUACUCUGACUGGUUCUUCCCUGGGGAUAUAGAUUUUGAUCGUGAUUUAGACGUAAGUUUUCUUAAUGGUUCGGAAACACCGGGUGUCGGGAUGAGACGAGCGAUUUCAAAUAGCAGUCUUAGCGAUCAUGGUGGCAGUCCUCCACAAGGAAGUCCAAAGCCUGCAACUCGUAGAAAAAACAAACCUGCUCCGACACCACCCAGUAGUACUCCUGAUAAGCAUGAUAAACGAUUUGACGAAAAAUUACCAGCCACACCAGAUAAACCGCCAAGACCAAUUGUAACUGCUACAUUGAACAGGGCGACGUACAAACCACACAAGCAUGAUAACGUGGAACUGGGAACCGUUCAUCAUGAUAAUAAGUCUGAAAAAGUCGAUAGAAAUCUAGAAAUUGACGUAAAACCGUUAGGGUUUGAAAUCAUUAAUAAAGCAGAUUUAGCUAAGGCUGAUAUCCAAGUUCAAGAGAAACAACCAGAACCUAAAUCACCUCCAAGUGACGUGACAAAGAACAACGAAAGUAGAAUUGAGCAUGGAAAACAAGAUACCAAACAUCCUGUUCCCAUCGGAUUUGAAGCUCUGCAUCAAAAGGAUAUCGAAAACAAUCAAUGCCGAUCGAUUUCGGAUCCGGAACAUAUGGAAAGUAUUACAAACAAGCCUAAGCCUGUCCCUGCUGAAAAACCUUCACCUUCAACUCUCGAAAGGAGAAGAGUACCUGUUGCAGCCCCACGGUCUUUAUCGACUAUUAGCCAGCCAUCUCCAGAUGAUAUCGUGGAGUUACGGAGAAAGUCGGUAGACAACAAUAUAACGUCUAUAAGUGUGAGCAGUGUCGAGAGAAGUGGUAAACCAGCUAUUCCAGAGCGUCCUGCUGGCCUUGUGCGACCGUCCAGUCUUAUUAGACCUGCGCAUCGCCAGAGCAAUGAAAAUCUGGAUGCAGAGUCAGGACCUUUGACAUUGGAACGCACGCACAUGUAUUCGGUGGAUAAGCAGCAGGUUAGUAUAAUCCAAGUACGCGGGAACUUUGUAGGUGCGACCAAUUCAGGUGACCACACCUCUGGUUUGGGUCCAAAUCUUCAGAGAAGUCCCAGUGUCGGAAGUAGACCAGCAUCGAUGUCAUUGCCUGGCGAAAAUAGACCUGAGAAACCACCAAGACCUGAUAUGCCAGAGCAAAUAAGAUCUCAUAGCAGGACGAGAUCAGAGGGAAACAUAAUUGAUGUUCAAACACAAACUGAAACAGUUAUUGUUCCUAAAACACCUCAGCACCCGCCUCCACCAUCGCCCAGAUUUCUCCAACGACCUCCAAGGCCACAACCACCACCGCCCCCACCUCCGACAGUCAGGGCCAAGUCUGAGCACGAAAGUACCAAUCUCUAGGUGAGAAGCUCAUUUCUGUUACUUAUCAGCGAUUCCCGUUUGCUGUUACUAGGAUCUAUAAAUUGAUAUAAAUAUUU